AGCUGACAGCGUGAACCCGAUGGCAAGCACGACACGAGGAUGGGGAAGGAGUCCGCCUCCGGUCGGCCGGAAAGGCGCCUCCGAACUAGUCAAAACAGGAACGCGCAGCAGGAGUGCGCGGCUCGCCUUCUCCAUCCAGUUCUCGGCCCCUCUCUAGUCUCUAGUCUCCCCCUUCUCUGACGCCUGGACUGGACUGAAGCCGGGGAGGUAGAGGAAAAAUCUCCCCAGGGCCGGCAGGUCGCCGGUCUCGCCGGCCUUCUCAGACCGCCCGCAUUGCCCUUGCCCGCCCAGCUAUAAGUACUCGCCGGACAAGGCGGCCACUCAUCCAAUCCCCAUCUCAUCCAUCUCGGGGCAGAGGCAAUCCAUCCAAGGCGCUUCUUUCCCUGCUCGGAACGGAGUUGCAGGAGAAGGAAUCGUUGGGGGGGCUCUUGCUUGCUCUUUCCUGAUGGAAUUGGCGGAUGGAAUCCAAUUAAGUGGCAGGGGCGGAUGCACACCCCGGGCCACCCGGGCCAUGGCCCGGGGUUCGGCCUAAAUUUUUUUCAUUUUGCAGUAGCUUCUACCUCUGGAUUUGGAUCAAUUGCUGAAGAAGGACUUGGAUCAAUUGCUGAAGAAGAAUAAAUAUAUUACUUCGCGAUGAUGCUUUUUGGUCCAGUGGUGGCAGCUGCUGCUGAGGUAAAGAUUUGAGCUUUGAGGUGCUGCGGGGGGCGGAGCGAGGAUGGCAUUCGCGGUCACCGACGAGCUGCUGGGCACGUUCGUGCCGAUUGCGGUGUACUGGCUCUACUCGGGGCUGUACAUCGUGCUUGACGGGCUGGGCAUGGACGACUACCGGCUCCACCCCAAGGGGGAGGAGGUCAAGAACAUUGUUUCCAAGUGGACAGUCGUCAGGGGCGUCCUCGUCCAGCAGGCGUUCCAAAUUGCCGUCUCGCUACUCCUCUUCACGGUUCUUGGUGAUGAGAGUGGAACUGUGAGGAAGCAACCUUCCACGCUGGUAAUAGCUUUGCAAUUCAUCAUUGCUAUGUUCGUUAUGGACACAUGGCAAUACUUCAUGCACAGAUACAUGCACAUUAACAAAUUUCUGUACAAGCACGUCCACUCGAAGCAUCAUACUCUUGUUGUCCCAUAUGCCUUUGGAGCUCUCUACAACCACCCCCUGGAGGGACUUAUCCUGGACACCAUUGGGGGUGCGCUCUCAUUCCUCAUCUCUGGCAUGUCCCCAAGGACGGGCAUAUUCUUCUUCUCUUUUGCGACCAUCAAGACCGUCGAUGACCACUGCGGCCUGUGGCUCCCCGGGAACAUCCUCCAUGUCUUCUUCAGCAACAACAGCGCUUACCAUGACAUCCACCACCAGCUCUAUGGCAACAAGUACAACUUCUCGCAGCCCUUCUUCGUCAUGUGGGAUAAGAUCCUCGGAACAUACAUGCCUUACACCCUCGAGACCCGCAAGGGAGGCGGGUACGAGGCGCGCCCGGUCAAGCUCAGCCAAGCACAGCAGACCAAGGCUGAUUAAGCUGUGCGGCUUCUCCUGUUUUCUCCUACUUGCUCUAAUCUUUUUUUCUUUUUCUGACUGCAAUUGUGUUGUAGUCUUGUAGAAGUAUUUUCCGUCCAUAUAGUAAAAUCCUUUAGGCAGAUGCCAUCUUGUACCAAGAUAUAGCAAAUAAAACAUCGUGUUAAAGGAAAUCCACUCAGGCUUGUUUCCCUC